AUCCGAAACUUCUGCCACACGACACACCACUCAACCAACCAGCCCGUCGAAAAACUUUCCCUCUCCAAAGCUGGUCCCCCGGUUCGAUACCUGUAUCGCGCGCGUCCUUCCCCCUUCGCCUGGUCCCGAGAUCCUGCCUUACUGUAUUCCCAUUUGCCAAGUCGACCUGAAAAAAAAGUGCCUUCUACCGGAGGUCACGUCUUUCGUUUCUCUCGAAAUUUCUUGAUGCGUUUUCUGACAUAUCCCAUUCCUGCCCUCUGAAGUUCCUUCAGCAACGAAGGCCAGCUCUCCUCGUCGGCAUGAGGCCCGCCAACACCACCAGUCUCUCUCCGCCAACCACUCCAUCGAACAGUCUUCUUGUUACCAACAACACCAACCCCAUCCCCAACAACGGUAUUGCCUCGGUCCCCAUAUCGCGUCACAAUCAUCCGACAUGGGACAAACCAGAAAGGGCCCGCACCAGCCAUGCCUGUGAGCCCUGUCGCGAGCGCAAAACGAAAUGCGACGGCUCUCGCCCAGCAUGUCGUCGAUGCCUUCAUACCGGCACCACCUGCUACUACGGCUACGGGAAAGGAUGGCGAAAACGAAAGACGGCCGAGGAUCUGACUGCCACCAGUCGGCGACUGGCACGGUAUGAAACUCUCCUGAACGAGAUCAUGCCCAUGGUGUCUCCCGAGGUUCGGGCUUUGAUUGAUGAGGCACGUGAAAACGAUACGUCGAAUGGAUCGGAAACGAACGACAAUGACUACGGCCUUGGUCCUCCGCGGCUGGACGGGACCCUCUCGGGAGCUCCUGGUAGUCGCAUCAUACUACCACUCCCCGUCCCCAGUCCUCACGUGCCAGGCGCGUCGCGAUCAUCGACAUCCUCGAGCACUUUCGAGCCUGCCGGGCCGCCAGCAACGCUUUCCACCGCAAGCUCGCAAACAUCUCAGCGCCUCUCGCCCGACUCUAAUCAGCUGACACGCUUGCCGUCCAUUACUGCUGGUGGCAUCUUGAUCGAAGAGGAACGAGUUGCCGGCUUCUCACCUCCCAAGGCGCCAGGCGCGGACGUGACUGUAAUGCCUGGGCUCGAGCGCCUGGCAGCCCUGCCUACCUCUCCGAGUCAAUCGUCCCAUGGAGGUUGGUCUACCGAGCCACCCCUAGGACAUUUCCCUGCUGACAAUCGGAGAAGACAUUACGAGACCCCAUCAGUUCUCCCCUGGUUAAAGAGCAACGAAGCUACCGUCGUGCCCAAUUGAAACAGACAGGGGAUAGAUACGUUUGUACACUACACCCCAUGACGAAGACGACUACAAUCAUCAUGCAUGGCACGGACGUCACAUCCGACGGCUGCACCUCCGGGUGGUUCUCUGACGCUCUCCUCAAGAUCCUCGAGGAGCCCUCCCAGAGAGGAGCAAGGAACCACUCCAAUAUUACUUUGCAUAUAUUAGAUCCGACGACGAAGAUCCCAGCCUUCGCAAGCAACCGAAACACUCUCCAUCAGAGAGUCAGGAGAGGAAAAAGGCAAGAUCAGCAACCAUGGCAAGGGUCUUGGGCAUGACAUGGCGCAGGCCAUGCAUGGUCUUGACUGCUGAGCUGCUGCAACGUACCCUCCCUCGGCCCACAGCACGGGGAGGCGAAGCUGUAUUAUUGGCGAGAUUUACAGGAGAAAUGCCAUUUUCCCCAACUGCAUGUUUUGGCCGCGGUUAUUCGAUUGUCUCAACCAUGGGAAUUCUCUGGAAUUCUUGCGCAGGAGCAGGACCCUUGAAAAUCUCGAUCUGGACCCUGGAUAAUCACAACGAGCACUUUGCAACACCAACGGGGAGAAAUGUUACUCCGUAGCACUAGGGAUGAGGGCGCAGCCACGACUGGACGGAAUUGCUGGGGAGUUCUGCGGACUAGCGGUAUUUGGCCAACUGGGAUGGAGUAGGCUUUGCCCUGUCUUCGGAACAACCGCGCCGCCGCUAUUCAGAAAAACACCCGUCGGCAAUGUCUGGGGGGCUACGAUUGGUCGGAUCGGUGAAAAUUGCCCUUCCAUGGUUUCCGGCGUGGCGGAUUCUUCUUCCGUCUUCGAGUUAGCAGUAAUCCCACGUCAAUUCUCCUUGUGGUUUGGCCCGGGUUUUUUCUUGUUGCUGGAGUAUUAUUGUACCCCAUCACCCGUACGGCUCAAUCACCGACUAUUGCGAAACCCCAUGGAAUACUACGAGCUGGAUUACCGACCAUUGUGAAAAACUGGAAUAGCUCGAGUACGGUUACUGCAUACAGAUAGUGGUUGACGAAAUGCGGAAUGUGGUCCUGUGCACACAGUCUUGAGUCAAGUUGUCAAAUACAACAUUUGUACGAGGACUCGUACUGACACCCAACGUCGGGCGACUCCGGGGCCUCUCUGGUGAUAGUUGUGACCUGUCAUUCUGGUCAAGGCCCUGUCAAGACACGAACCGAAAACCACUUGAUACCUAGGUAGGCCAUUGCAAAGAGAGACUUCUACAAGCACAGGUAUUGAC